AUGGUUUUAGCUGACUUAGGGAAGCGUAUCAACGGUGCCGUCAACAGUGCGUUGUCAAACACCCAGGAUGAUUUCGCAACUGCUGUCGAUUCCAUGCUUAAGGGCAUUGUUACUGCAUUACUGGAGGCAGAUGUAAAUAUUGCGUUGGUUUCGAAAUUGAGAAAUAAUAUCAAGAGCAAAUUAAUGGAAAAUAAAGGGAAAUCGAUGACGAACGUGCAGACGAAGAAACUGAUUCAAAAGACUGUCUUUGAUGAACUAUGUAAUUUAGUUGACUGCCAUGACGGCGAACAAUUUAAACCAAAGAAGAAGAAGACUAAUGUGAUAAUGUUUGUUGGUUUACAAGGUUCUGGUAAGACAACUUCAUGUACAAAACUGGCUGUAUAUUACGCCAAGAGAGGUUUUAAAGUUGGUUUGGUUUGUGCCGAUACUUUUCGUGCAGGUGCCUUUGAUCAAUUGAAACAAAAUGCUAUUAAAGCUAGAAUUCCUUUCUUUGGUUCCUAUACAGAAACAGAUCCUGUGAAGGUUGCCGAGGAAGGUAUCACAAAAUUCAAGAAAGAAAAAUUCGAAGUUAUUAUUGUGGAUACUUCCGGUAGACAUCGUCAAGAACAAGAGUUAUUCCGUGAAAUGGUAGAGAUAUCUAAAGUUGUAAAACCAAAUCAAACCAUUAUGGUUCUUGAUGCAUCUAUUGGUCAAGCUGCUGAACAACAAUCAAAGGCUUUCAAGGAAUCUUCCGAUUUUGGUGCUAUCAUAUUGACAAAAAUGGAUGGUCAUGCCAAAGGUGGUGGUGCUAUAUCUGCUGUUGCAGCCACAAAUACUCCAAUUAUCUUUAUCGGUACUGGUGAACAUAUACAUGAUUUUGAAAGUUUCUCUCCUAAAUCAUUCGUAUCAAAACUACUUGGUAUCGGUGACAUAGAGAGUCUUUUUGAACAAAUACAAACGGUAUCUAAUAAAGAAGAUACCCAGGCUAUGAUAGAAAAUAUUCAGCAAGGUAAAUUCACACUAGCAGAUUUUAAGAAACAGAUGCAAACCAUCAUGAAGAUGGGUCCAUUAUCCAAUAUAGCACAAAUGAUUCCUGGUAUGGGUAACAUGAUGAAUCAAGUUGGUGAAGAGGAAACAUCCAAAAGUAUGAAAAAGAUGGUGUAUGUUUUAGAUUCAAUGACUAAAGAUGAACUAAAUUCGGAUGGUAGAAUAUUUAUUGAUCAACCAAGUAGACUAGUAAGAGUAGCAAGAGGUUCUGGUUGUUCUGUAUUUGACGUUGAAAUGAUUUUGAUGCAACAGCAAAUGAUGGCAAAUAUGGCCCAAAGUGCAAAAGCUGCUAAACAAGGUGGUGGUCGUGGUAUGCCCGGUAUGGGUGGUAUGCCCGGUAUGGGUGGUAUGGGUGGUAUGCCAAAUAUGCCUGGUAUGCCAAAUAUUUCUCCUCAAAUGAUGCAAGAAGCUCAACAACAAUUGAGACAGAAUCCAAAUAUGAUGAACAAAAUGAUGGGCAUGUUUGGUGGUAAUGGUGGUGGUAUGCCAGAUAUGGGUGAGAUGAUGAAAAUGAUGGAUGAUCCACAAAUGCAACAAAUGGCCAAACAGUUUGGUAUGGGCAUGUAA